UUUUUCCUCUCUUUUUCCCCAGGCUGAAGGUGAUGGAGCUCCGUGCCACAGAGGUAGCACUGUGGCUCACACCCACUGAGGGGGUCUCCAUGGCUGUGCCGGUCCAGAUGACCCUUACAGGGAAAAGCUUUGCAGGAGGAAAAAUGGAGAUCCCGAUGGCUGCCAACCUGAGCACCAGCAGUCGGAUGGAGCAGGACAUGCAGGGCUACCCACGGCUCAGUGCCAGGCGCUGCCACGUGGCACUGCUCCACAGCUGGGCCAACCUGCCCCACCGCACGCUGCCCCUGAUCAUGAGCAAGUUCCUGGAUAGCACCCUCCGGAGAGCACUGCAUGGCCUGCUGUGUCCAGCCAUGGACAUGUUGCUCGACCUCAUGAAUGCAAAGUUUGCCUCCAUGAUGUAUGCAAUCCCUCUUGGGAACGCUGGGAUGCUCCAAUACGCCCUGCUGAACACCCCUAUGGUGAGAGAAGAUUUCAUCCAGCUGGAGCUGAAGGCCACUCUCCACAACAAGGAGGGAGAGGAGGUUGCCCUGCCCUCAGAUCUGCCACCUCUCACUUCUCUGCCACCAAAGAGGGAAGCAGCCACUCAGCUCAUCUUGGCUGCGAGCUUCCUGAGUGCUGAGCUCUCCAUCAUGCAGACAUUCUUCGGCCUGAACAUCACCAAUGGCAUGGUUCUGGGGCUUCUCCCGCUGGUGACCACAACAUUGAGAGACCUCAUUCCUGAGGUCUCCAGCAUGCUGCCUCCAUCACAGCCAGUGGUGAUUGAAAUGCAAGAGACGCAACCACCGCUGGUGUCAAUAACCCCGGAGAAAAGCACCGUGAACCUCUUCAGCACUGCUGAGUUCUGGGCUUCCAGUCCUGGCUCUGCUCCUGGAUCCCUCUUUGUCCUGGAUGUGCACUCUGAGCUGGGUGUGCGGUUUGCUGUCGCAGAAGAGAGGCUGCAGUUCUCCCUGACACUGCACAGCCUGUCCCAUGUGGCCAUGGUGAACUCCUCCAUCGGUGCAUUCAGUGUGCUGCCGCUGAGGGGAGUCCUGGCAGACAUUAUUCAUGUGGCUUACGUGCCAUCCAUCAACAGAGAACUGCGAGGAGGGGUCCCACUGCCCCCACUGCUGGGCACCCCAUACCAGCGUGUGGAGCUCAGGCAGAUACAGGAUGGGCUGGUGCUGGAAGUGCCUGUGGUGGAGCCCUGAUGCAUGGGGAGGGAUGGCUGCACUCCUGGGAGCUUCUUGCUCUCCCCUUGGCUUUUCAGUGUUUUGACUCUGAGCUAAAAUAAAGACAGCAUGUUGCCCAGUGAUGGACUCUUGUACUGCUGGGUGUUCCAGAGGAGGUGCAGGUUGGAAUUUAGGGGCACAGUGGGGUGAGUUGUGGUGUGUUUUAGUAUUUCAGGAGCACCUCCUGCCACAGCCAUAGGCUGCAGUGCAGGUAUUGAUGCCGAGCAUAUUGCUCACUUAUU